AUGAGCAGAGGAAGAGGGACUCUGAAACAAGUGGCAUCGGAGCAGGAUUUCAAGCUUAAGCAAUGUCAGAGUAUUGCCCAGGUCGUCUCUUCCAAUCAAAUUGAGAUAAGGGAUGCAAAAAGAGAUAACUCAUCAACAUUGUUUAAACGGAAGAAAAGAAGAUCAAAUCGCGCUUAUAACUUGUUGGUCAUGGGCUGUUUUUUGGGUCUACCUAUAAGAAGAAGAAGAAGAAGAACAAGAAGAAGAUAUAUGCCCGAGAUCCCUCUCGAUCUUUUGGUCGAAAUCCUUAUAAGACUGCCGGGAAAAAACUUGGCUAGGUUUAAGUGCAUCUCAAAGCAGUGGUUAUGCCUCAUCUCAUCUCAAUAUUUUUGCGAGCGUUUAUAUACGACCAGGCAACGAAAACAACAACCACCACAUCUAUACAUGUGUUUGGUGGAUGACUACGAGCAAAGUGCACUGCUGUCCAUGUCAUCAACGUCUCAAGACAACACUUGUUUUGUGGUCGACCAAGAUUUGAGCAUCCCAGGGAUGGGAGGCUACUUCUUGAAUGUUUCCCACGGCUUGAUUUGUUACACAGUGAGAAGACAGGCUUGUAUAUACAACCCUAGCGCCGGACAAUGCUUGACCUUACCCAUGAUAAAGCACGACAUAAGAGCCGAACAAGGUCAAACUAUGUAUAUUAGGCGGCACUAUAUCGGAUACGACCCUGUUGAUAAUAAACACAAACUAUUAUGCACAGUUGUUAUGUACUGCGACCGUUUGUUUAACCUGAAAUCAGAGCACUGGGUGUUUGUGCUAGAAGCUGGAGGUUCUUGGAAAAAGGUUGUUUCACAUGAGAAUGAUCGUCCUCAUACCCCUUUCGCACGAGGACAGUAUAUAAGGAUUGGAUCAGUAGUACAUUAUCUGGCGUGGCAUGAUAUGUACACUUGUGCGAUUGUGAGUUUCGACUUUAGGUCUGAAGAGUUAACCACCAUCACUGCACCUGAUAAUGUCAGGGAGAUGAUGUCCGUUCCUGCACUUAAGAUGAAGGCAGAUCUUAUAGAGUAUGGUGGGAAAGUAGCUAUUUUCCAACAUACCAACCUACAAAUUGAGGGUAGGGUGGUAUUAUGGGUAUUGGAAAAUGCUGAGAAAAAGGAAUGGUCCAAGAUGAGUCUGGUUUUGCAGCCUUGUCAGAGGCAUUUAGUCCAGGACACUGAGUUGAUUUUAAAAGGCACAACUCAAGACGGCAAAGCUAUCUUGGCACCCUUUGAGAUGCAUUCUGGAUUCUAUAUUUUGUGUUAUGAUUUGCAAAACAAUGACUUGAGGAAGGUUGAAAUCAAAGGAAUACCACACCAUUGGUUUGACAAAGAAUGCUACUAUGACUUGAGGUUGAUGAGUGAGAGUGAGAGUGUCAUCUACUUGGAAACUUGA